CCUUUGUUUACCUGCCGCCGAUGAGGAGUUUUGACAGAUGUCCGCUGCUGCAGAGGAACCAGCCCAAACCUAACGAAGGCGGGGUUAAAGAAAAAACAAGGAAUUUCCUGGUGAGCCACGACAGCACAGGAAGAUGAAUGUGGGCGUCGCUCACAGUGAGGUGAACCCCAACACGAGGGUGAUGAACAGCAGAGGAAUAUGGCUCACUUACCUGCUGCUGACCGUCGUGUUGCACAUCGUCCUGCUCAGCAUUCCUUUCUUCACUGUGCCGCUCGUCUGGACUCUCACCAACGUUAUCCACAACCUGGUGAUGUACCUGUUUCUACACACAGUGAAGGGCACUCCGUUUGAGACACCAGACCAAGGCAAAGCUCGUCUGCUCACGCACUGGGAACAGAUGGACUAUGGUGUCCAAUUCACAUCUUCACGCAAAUUCCUCACUAUCUCACCAAUUGUUCUGUAUAUUCUUGCCAGUUUCUACACAAAAUACGAUCCCACACAUUUCCUAAUCAACACGAGCUCCCUCCUUAGCGUCCUCCUCCCAAAGUUGCCUCAGUUUCACGGAGUACGGAUAUUUGGGAUCAACAAAUACUGAACUGAACACUGGAUUUUAAGCACCAACACUGGAAUUCUAGUUUUCUGUUUAGAGGUUACGGAAAGGAGAACCAGUUGGAUUUGUCUAAACUGUACAGACUGUGUGGAGUAAUAUAUGAAAGUUGCAGUUUGUGCUGCCUCUUGCAGCCUGAAAAAAAAGUAAAUGCACUGCUGCUGUUUUAUGAAAGUAAUUUUUUCUUUACUGACAUUCCUGAUGUAUGUUUGUCAAAAAGCCACUUUGGCUUCAAGAAAGAGCAAAUUUGAACUGUACUGCUUUCGAAUGUGACCUUUUUUUCUCAGAUGAUUUCUGUUACAAACUGCGCUGGCUGCACGUCUGUAAAACUGUCUAGUUGAUGCCAUAAAUGUGAAUGAAUUCACUGUGGCAGUGUGGUUCGUCUUCAUCUGAAUGACACUUGCAAGUUUCCAUUUUCUUUCAUGCUUUUUCCUAGAUUUACUAUGAAGGAUUUACAUGCAGCAGGCAUUUACACGCCUACAAUAAACACUGCAGUCGUGCACA